AAUUACUGUAACUUAGCAACAGGCAAAACCUGAUUGAACUAAAUGCUUAAAAACAUCUGAAUGUUAUUACAUUUUUCACACAAAGGAAAAGAUGAAAACUUCUGAAACUCCGUACCGUGAGGUGUUGAAGCGAAAUCUGGAAGAGUUUACAGCCGAGAUGAAGAAGGAAGAAGAGGAGACUGAAGGUGAAGGCGAAGAACUGCUCACCUGUUCCGGUCAGGAUGAUUCAGGUGACAGUGGGAGCACAACUUCUGACAUGUUACCUCAAACCAGCAGCUCUUCAGUUCCCCCUUCAGCCCUCAACACGCCUGUGGAUUUCUGUGUUCACAUACAAUCUGUUACCUCUCGUGUGAACCUUGUCUGCGAGUUAGACCUUAAGCACAUCUGCAACAACACCUGGAACGCGGAGUACAGCUCACAGGUGUUGACUCUGCAGCUCCGUAGGCCCAGGGCCACAGCGAGGAUCUUCAGAAACGGGAAGCUUAUUUGCAUGGGAGCCCAGAGUGUUGAAGAUUCUCACUUAGCAGCCCGGAGGUUCGCCCGGAUUGUGCAGAAGCACGGCUUCAACGUUCGCUUCCACAAUUUUAGAAUCUCAAACAUGGUGGCUACUAGCAGCUUCUUUCCAGUGAGUUUGGAUCAACUUCACAACGCCCACAGAGAGCACAGCAGAUUUCUCCACAGCCAUGAUCAGGGGAUUUCUAAUUGUCUGAAGUUUAAGAUGGACAUGGGAAUUACUGCAAAAAUCUUUCCCACUGGGAAUGCAAUCCUGCUUGGAGCUAAAAGUCUAACUGAUCUCCAUGAAGCAGUCAAGACCCUCUUCAACAUCCUGAGUUCCUUCAUGACGUUUUAAUGCCUGGAAGGCAAAAGUCUUCAGUUUCAAGUUAAAUGAACAUGUUUCAGUUUUAACAGUGAAGUGACUUCAGCUUUUAUUAAAAGGCAAAGUUUAAAAGGUAGAUUAAACCAUUGUUUUUCUUA